CUAACGCAACAAGGAUGCAAAUCACUUCCUGAUUGCACACACUACAUUUUUUUUCCUCACUGGUAGCGAAAGAGAAAACCAGUUGUGUACCCUUUUCUGCCAGGACUUCUCUGCUGAUGCCUAAUAAGAGUCUCUUCAGUUCUAAUAAGUGUUAACAUUGUGCGCAAGCCUGCAAAAAAUCAAAAUGAGUAAGCGAGACACACCCCUCCAUAAACGGCAGUCCACACCCAACUUUGGGAAAGAAAUGACACAGUGUUUCCAGAAAAUCUCAAUUAAUGACGUGGAAGAAAAUGUACGUCUGAUGGCAGAGAGGGUUUAUGCCUCUGCCCUGAAGGAGAAAAUCAAAAAAGAUGCUCUAGCACUGUUCACCGUGCAGGAGGACUGUCCCAUUGGUCUACAUGAGGACAGGGAGAGGGCGAUGCAGAAAGAGCUGGCUGAGCAGGAGUCUCAGGAGUCUGCUAAGAGGAAGAAAAGUUUUAAGUUAAAGCGUUCGCAGUCGAUAAAUCUGCAGUCCCCUGGCAGUAAAGAAUUGGGCCCGACAAUGGGUUCGUCACAGUUCUCCCCAACCACACCUGAACCUAGUCUCCCAGAGGGCCUCCCAGAAUACCAGAGAGUUACCAUCAGUGGAGAUUACUGUGCAGGGAUAACAGUUGAGGAUUAUGAACAGGCAGCUAAGAGUCUCUUUAAGGCACUGCUCAUCAGAGAGAAGUACUCCAGGCUGGCCUACCACCGCUUUCCCAGGACCACUGCCCAAUACCUCCGCAACGCUGGAAAUGUUAAGUGGCAGGAGGAGGAUGAGAUCUUGCCAGAUAUCUGGCCUUCCCCUCAGGAAGGGGGGGACCCAUACUCCAUGGAGGGUAUUCCUGAGGACCUGAACUGUAAGAUGCAGAUGAAGGACGGUAUAAUUUAUGUUUACGACAACGAAGAGGCCCUCAAACAAGAGCAGCCACACAGCCUCCCUUACCCUGACCUUGAGACUUUUGCCAUAGACCUGAGCUAUGUCCUCGCUAUGAUAGCUGAUGGUCCAACGAAAACCUACUGUCACAGACGACUGAACUUCCUGGAAUCUAAAUUCAACCUCCAUGAAAUGCUAAAUGAAAUGGCAGAGCUAAAAGAACUGAAAAGUGUUCCACACAGAGAUUUCUACAACGUCAGAAAGGUGGACACACACAUACAUGCUGCUGCUUGCAUGAACCAAAAGCAUCUUCUGAAGUUUAUAAAGACAACAUACCAGACAGAGGCCGAUCGUGUGGUCUUGGAGAAAGGCAGUCAGAAGAUCAUGCUCAAGGAUGUCUUCAAAACCCUCCAGAUGGACCCCUACGACCUCACUGUAGACUCGCUGGACGUGCACGCUGGAAGACAAACAUUUCAUCGGUUUGACAAGUUCAACGCCAAAUACAACCCCAUGGGGGCUAGUGAACUGCGAGAGAUUUACUUGAAAUCAGACAACUACAUCGAAGGAGAAUACUUUGCACGCCUCAUCAAGGAAGUAGCCAAGGAGAUGGAGGAGAGCAAAUACCAGCAUACUGAGCCCCGUCUGUCAAUUUACGGCCGCUCUGCCAGGGAGUGGAAGGGCCUAGCAACCUGGUUCAUCCAGCAUAAGCUCCACUCACCAAACAUGAGAUGGAUGAUCCAAGUUCCCAGGAUCUAUGACAUUUUCAGGGCAAAGAAAUUAGUGCCACACUUUGCCAAGAUUCUGGAGAACAUUUUCCUACCCCUCUUUGAGGCUACAGUCAAUCCGCAGAAGCACAAAGAAAUACAUGUAUUCUUAAAAUACGUGACAGGGUUUGACAGCGUGGAUGAUGAAUCCAAACACAGCGACCACAUGUUCUCUUACAAAAGCCCAAAGCCUGAGGAGUGGGAUACAGACGACAACCCUCCCUACACCUACUACCUGUUCUACAUGUACGCAAACAUCAUGGUGCUAAACAACCUGCGCAAGGAGCGAGGACUCAACACCUUCCAGUUUCGCCCUCACUGUGGCGAGGCUGGCUCCAUCACCCACCUGGUCUCUGCCUUUCUCACAGCCGACAACAUCUCCCACGGACUCAACCUCAAGAAGAGUCCAGUGUUGCAGUACCUGUACUACCUGGCCCAGAUCCCAAUCGCCAUGUCCCCACUGAGCAACAACAGCCUGUUCCUCGAGUACUCCAAGAACCCUCUACGAGAGUUUCUGCACAAGGGCCUGUGUGUGUCGCUGUCCACUGAUGACCCCAUGCAGUUUCACUACACCAAGGAGCCCCUGAUGGAGGAGUAUGCCAUUGCAGCCCAGUUGUGGAAGCUUAGCACUUGUGAUGUGUGCGAGAUAGCCAGGAACAGUGUGCUGCAGAGUGGCCUGUCACAUCAGGAAAAGAAGCACUUCAUUGGUCCCAACUACUUACAGGAUGGACCCAUGGGCAAUGACAUUAGGCGGACAAAUGUGGCACAAAUACGCAUGUCCUACCGCUACGAGACUCUGUGCAAUGAGCUCAGUUUUCUAGUGGAUGCAGUGAAGAUUGAGACUGGCACGGGCCCUGCUGAGUGAUGGACCACAACAGCACAAACUGUGUCUGGAUAUGUCCUCAAGGAUAAAUGGGUACAGCUUAGGCAACACGUGCUUUUUUUUUUUUUUUUUUUACUUUUAAGUCAUUAUAGGUCAUUAUAGGUCAUCCUGACCCUGAAUUUGGACUGUAGAAUGAUACAAACUUAUUUUCUUUUGAUGGGUGUUAAAUGUACUUUUGGAUAUACCAAAUGACACUGGCCAGAAGACAUGACUUAGAUUUAAAAUGGACACAUUCAUAAGCCAAAAAAAACACAGCUUGAUGAAUUUUUUUUUUUCAUUUUCAGAUAUAUGCAUGUUUCUGAACAAUUACUUUGGACCUGUGGAACAAAUAAAGGGCAAAAAUGGC